CGAGCGCUGCUGCCGCGGAUGGUGUCGGUGAGCCUGUCGCUCUCGGCUGGGGCGCAUUUGAGGGUUGCGUGCAACGACGUUGGUGGACGUGUCCUGUCGACGGCGGAGGAGUACGCAGCGGCCGGUUUUGGCGACGCUGGGAGCAUCGACGUUGUUGGGUGCGACGCCUGCGACAGGGACACGUACUGCUACGCGCCCGGGACGGCGUCGGCGAGCAUGAAGAACGGUGUGUGCGUGUGCGCGUGCGGCAGUGGCGGGUACGGCGAGGCGUGUGUGCCUGUGGGAGCUCCCGCGCUGCCGCCCGCUGCGGGCACUGCGUCGAGUGUGUUUGUCCGCGAGGGCGUGACGGUGCAGUCGGUGUUCGUUGUGCCUGCCGGCGCGAGCGAGGUGACGCUGCGCCACGUUGUGCUGGACGGCGUGAGUCCGGUGCUGUACGUGCCGUGGAUGGCGCGGGACGGCGUGCGGAUCGUUGUGCAGAAUGUGUCGCUGCUGAACGGUGCUGUGCUGUACGUGAUGGGCGGUGGAGCGUUGCGCGGUGCGGGUGCGGCGGGGAGCGACGAGAGCGGGCCGGUGGAGCUGUCGGUGUGCGAUGUGGAGGCGCUGAACGGUGCGCUUGUGCUGACCGGCACGUUUCCCGCGGGGUCUGUGCUGACGGUGACGGACUCCCUGCUGGUUGCCGCGAGGUCGACGCCGCUUGUGUAUCUUCCCGGCUCGCGGUCUGCGCCGUACGCACCGGUGCUGGUGCUGUCGGGCCUGCGGCUCGUGCGGUCCGUGCUGGUUGUGUCCGACGUUGCUCUUGUGACCGUGAUGACUGGUGGGCGGACGGUGGUGGUGGACGGCGCCGUGCUGGAGCUUGUCGGUGGCGGUGUCGCGGUGGACGCGGCUGUGUUCGGUGGCGACUUUGCGUUGUACGCGAGUGCGCGCGUGGUUGCGUCGGGGGGCGCUGUGCUGCGCGUGUCGGGGAGCCAGGUGUACGCCGCGCAUGGGUUGGUGUUCGACAGCGGGGUGGAGGCUAACGCGUCCGCCGUCGUAGUGAACGACAACGUCGGUGCGCUGACCGAUGGCGCGCUGCUGGUGCUGCGGGGGUCGGCAUCGUUUGCGUUCGGGUCGUGGCUGUCGGUGCGCGGCAACAGCAUCAGCGGCAGGCUUUUGUCGGUGCCGUCGUACCCGCGCAGCGCGGAAUUUGCGCAGAGCACGCUGACGCUCCACGGGAACGCCGGCAGCGGGUCCGUCGUGAUGGACGGCACCGUUACGCUUGGAGGCGCCGGCCGAAGUUUCGUUGUGGGGUGCCUGACGCUCAACGGGCAGGCGCUGCAGCCGAUGGACUACAGGUCUGCCGGCAUCAUCGGGAAAUUCCGCCCCGUGGCGUGUGGCGCGUGCGACGCCGACGUGCACUGCUUUGCUGCUGCGACGAGGGCGAUGUCGGGAUCGUGCCGCUGCCGCUGUGCUGAGGGCGGGUACGGGCGCGACUGCCUGCCGGUGUACCUGCCGCACGUGGACGGGUGCAACCGCACGCCUGCCCCGCCGCUGCUGAGCCACACGGCGACGCUGACGGAGACGCGCAGCCCGACGCCAACGUGGACGUCAGUGUGGACGCCGAGUCAGAGCACGACGCACUACAGUCCGACGCAGUACGGGCCGACGGAGACGUUGCAGGUGACGGAGACGGUGGCGCUGCCGCCCACGCGGACCCCGACGGCGUCGGUGAGCAGCACGCAGUGGUGGAGCGACGUGGCGUGCCCGACGCUCGCCGUGACGACGACGGCGGCUGGUGGGAGCCUGACGCAGAGCGACAUCCGCGGCGGUGGGAGCGCCGUCCCGACACUGCUGAUGGUGGCGCUGCCGCCGCCGUUUCGAUGGGCAAGCGACCCGCAGCUUGGCACGCACCUGAGCUUCGUGCCUACAUCGACGGCGCAGCCGAGCGGCUUCGGUGGUCCGUGGGGAGCGAUGCUGAGCAACGCGACGUGGGUGCGCAACGCGACGAAUCCGUCCACCGUCCUGGAGCUGGCUGUGCCCGUGCACCGCGGUUACUUCAUUACUGCCGACGAGACGAUAGUCAUUCGCUGCGACGCCGCGGCGGUGUCUGGCGGCUGCAAGGGUGUGCUGCUUGGGUCCUUCACGAUCGCGUCCAACACGCUGCCCGUCGCUGCCAGCGCCCUCUCUGCGAUCACCGGCGUUGUUGCGGGUGCGGCUGCUGUUGCCGUGGUGGUGACCGGCGGGCUGGGCUCCGUUCUGGAGAUGCAGGUGCUCGGCGUGUUUGCGAGGAUGUCAUGCGCCUCGGUGCAGGAGCGUGAAAGCACCGUUGCGCUGCCGUACUUCCUGUCGGUGUUCGCUGCCCUUGAUCCGCUGUGGAUGGUGGUGGGCAACGCGCUGCUUGCCGCUGUGUUCGGGUGCGUGCACUACGGUGUGACGGCCGCCUUCCAGCGGUGGCGCGGCGUGGACGCGGCGAGUGCGUGGGCGGCGAUGCGCUUCCCGAGCCUGACGUACGUCGUGGCGCACGCGAUGCAUCUCGGCAUCUUCUUCGGCUCGGUGUCCGCACUGGCGAUGCCCGGCGCCCGCGUGCAGCACCGCGUGAUCGGUGUCGUUGGCGUGCUGUACGGUGCGGCGUUCCCUGCUGGCGUGUGCUACUUGAUUG